AUGGGGUGUACAGCGCUGUACACGAUGUAUAGUGAUCACGUGAUUUUCCGUGAAUCUGAAACCAAAAUUCCUCGCGGAAAAUCAAUUUAUUCUUGUAGUGACUUCAAGGGUUUAGCGCAGGAAGUGAAAGUAAAUUGUACCCUAGCUACUGAGUACAAGACCUCUCACACCAUCCUCUCCAGUUUAUGUGCAGCGCGCACGAUUUGCUUUUGGUUUUUUGAUUUUGAAGCUUUUUGGUGGCGGAAUCGUGUUGUUUGUGAUUUUGUUGUUCGAUCACGCCUUUUCAUGAAACAACACCAUAGCGUCUUGUUUGAAGAUAUCUACACGGGAAACUCUUUUGUGCCUUCUGUGCCCCUGUUCGCUUUGAAAUCAGGACGGACAAGAAAGGCAUCGAAGACCAGAUUGGCCCAAAAUGGCAUCUCCUUCCAAAGGGACAUCGGAGAAUCGACACCGCGCGUCCCCGAUGCAAGCAGCGGCACCGCCAUUGACGGCUGGAAGUGA